GAGAUAUUUUUUAUUUUUUUAUUAACAUAGAUGACGAUAGUAUCAUGAAACAAAGAAUCAAGUCGCUGCGGGCUUUAGUUGCGGUUGCAUUCACGAUAAUGCAAGUUAUGAUGAGUAAUAUUUAAUUAAUGCAAAAUCAGAGAUUAAAGUAAAACAAGAUAUCAAGGAUAUCCCAAGGUGCAUCUACUUAAUUUACAAUGCAGAUCAUCUACGUACGGAUUUUGCGAUUUUUCUAGGCGAGGAGUUGCCAAGAAUAAUUGACCGAAUCUCCGCAUCAAUUUCCAUACGUUGUUCCAUAAGUUACUCUCCGCAAUUAUGUAGUUUGCCUGUACAUAAUAUGCAGCAGAUGUAUCUUCGGAUAAUUGCCGUAAAAGUUGUACAUCUGAUUGCGCCGUGACACACACACAGCAUUAUCAUAAAACUUGUAUCGAGCUUAGAAAGCGAAUUCUCUCAUAAAUAUGGAGAGAAUUUUUCCUCGGUGAAAAUUUACUCUGAAUACGCAUGUUUUCACAACAACACAAAGUCACGCACUACGGGGAUUAAAAUAUCUCUUGGUCUCGAAUAUAAAAAUCUUGCAUCUUCAGUAGAUCAUCUUCCACAGUCUACGACAUUCCGCUUCUGCGUUACGCGUCUUUGGAGCCGUUCUUUCCCGAUGCUUGACUGUUACAUUUCUUUCUCUACAGUUCUCACUUCUCGUGAAUCGGCAUUCGCCUUGUUCGAAGCGCAAAAACGCCAGUACAGGCGUAAAGAAUGGUUCAGUUUUUCCAAUUUCUAGUGGUCAGUUGGCUGUUGCCAACGGUGUCAAUAUUGAUGUUGAAUCUUCGACGUCCUCUUUGCUGCUUCGAAUAGAGAAUCUGCGUACAACACGCGAAAUAUAGCCAUAGAGUAGUAGUUUCCCCGGAUUGCACCGCAGACAAUGAUUAGCGGCUACGUCAAAUUGAUCUUGCGUCUAGUAGAUAGCCACCGACUUUCACCCUGCAUCUUCAAGUCGAGAAGAAUAUGCGUUCGAUCUUUAGAGAGAAAGGCUGUACCUCAGACGUCUAUGUGUUACUCGACCGUGUCUGCGAUCAAAAAAUCGCGAUAAAGCGAGAGCCCAUCGACAACGGGAAGUAAUAAUUGUGAGGCUUGCGCUCUCCCGUGCGCGAUUCAUGAAAAUAAUGAUCGUUGUAGGUACUAGUUUUACAAGAAGGAACACGCGUUUCAACACGGCACCAAGAUCGUCUUACAAUGCGAAUUCAUUACAGCUUCCGAUAGGCCUCGCUGCGAUAUUCCAGGAUUAAGAUCAAACUGGCGACGAGUUAAUCGCUGUUACAAGAGCAGUUUUUCUUAAUGCUCAUUUGCUUGGAGAAAAAAGACUUGUGGACAUUUCUCUUGUAAUUUCUACGCUAAUAUCAAUUAACAAUUUGUAAGACGCCUUCACGGCCGAUUAGCAGAAACGACCGGUUCCAGCCGCUAAACUCGCUCGCGCCUUUCAGCGGCUUCCGCGCCGAAAGACGAAAAGCAUGAGCGAAUCCCGGACGAACACGGGCUUACGUGCGUCUUACAGCGUGCCCGUGCCCGAGGAUAGCACGACGGAGGAAGGAGUAAAGGAGGAUUGGCGGAGAUGCAGCUUAGGAUUCCGAGUAUACCCGAGUAGUUUCUGGUUGGUUGGUAAGUGGGACUAGCGGGGACUCAUAGGCUCGGAGCGUCCUACGCGAGGCCGCAGUCGGGCGCAAACCCCGAAACAAUCUCAUCGCGGGUUUCCUUCGUCUUCACCGCACAGCGGCACAGCAGAACGGCCCUCGCAAACGGCGCAGCUCACCUCGUGAGAGCGUCGCUUCGGAACGCGGAAGAGGGUGCUACGCGCAACGCGGAACUACCAUCGCGAUCUUGGGUGCCGGUCCGAACCGCGUCAGCAUAGCGCUGUCAAACGGUCCAGGAUCUCGCGAUUCGAUUGCGGUGCGCGCUCUUGCAGGGUCGCGGCGCCUCCUCGACGGAAGAUCAACCGAGGACGCAGGGGUCGACCAGUCGGAAGACCGAGACGAUCGGGUGAUUAGACUCGACCGGCCCGCCGGCUCGUCAGCGACGUGCUGGACUACGAGAGUACGUCUUCCUUCUUUUCCAUCGAGAAUCGCGGUCGAGGUCGCCGCUGAGGUCGCGGCCGAAGCGGAGCGAGGACGAAAGUCAGGGUCGAGGGUCAGCCCACCUACGCGCCGCACGAGGUACGAACUUGACGUUUUCGCAUUAUCGUUAAUCAGGAUGCGAGGUCAACGAUGCGAUGUACUUGGUGCCGCAAGUUCAUGCGAGAGAGUUUACUUGACACUCGUGGGUCUAGAAAUACAUACACGUAAUUCGUCAUCAAGUUCGGUCUUUAACAUUCUCUCUAGUUUCUAUUCAAUGAAUCGAAAUAUGAAUAGUGACGUCAUUUUCUAUCUAUAUUUGUAACUACUAUUACACAAUUGUUUGAUAUAACUAGUAUUUAUUUCUCGAUUAAUAAAUUAAUAAAAUGACUGCUACAUUUUUUGUCUUGACGUUAGGAAAUCGUAUCUCCAACUAAAGUGUCGUAACUAAUGCUUCAUCUUAAUGAGAUAAAUUCGCGGUAUCGCAGAACGCGAUAAUUAAAGAUCGAGAAAGUAUCGCAAAUUUAUGCAUCGAUUUGGUUUCUACGAGCGAUACUCGGCCGAAUCGAUAAUUCCGCCACGAGUAGAUAUUCCUUUGAAGGAACAACAUUCCGAUCGCAACCGCCGACUUUGCUCCUCGUAUUUCCGUUACGAUCUACGGAACGUGUCCAACUACCGGCGCUACCGAUGCGAAUCGAAGCAGUGGGUGUAUUUCUUAUUAAAUAUUCCAGAUGCUGAACUCCUCGCGGUAUUUUGCAUACUUUUCACCGCGGAUAUCGUUUACUUCUCUUUGAGAAAAAACGGAAGAGCGUGACAAUGACAUAUUACUGCCUCUCGGCGAUUAAAUCGCAAAACGAAUUAUUUCCAGCGUGAAAAAGAAAUCUCAUCCUACUUGUGUUAUAAAAAUAAACCAGUGUGUUCAUAUCUUGUGACCCUGAUACUCUUACAAGUAAAGUCGUCUUACAGAAAAUUAUAAUAUAUUAAUACUAUAAAAAACUAAAGGCUCGUUUUUUUCAAUUAGUUCAAAGAAAGCGAACAUAUGGCAUACGUUCCCUUGACAUCACGUUGCGCCACAAGCAGCCUAACUAUUCGCAAUCUCGCUGUAGCGAAUGACGUGACGAUUGUGAGGUACAAUGAACGCGGGGCUACACUAAGGAAAAGGGCUUACAGCAUGUUAAGCCAAUUUAACAGAAGACCCGUUAGACGGUACACGUCCGCGACGUUGACGCGGGUCUCUUUGUCUCUCGGUUGCGCAUUUUGAAUCGCGUGAAAUCCUUUAUGUGUCGCGCGGACGCGUAACGUGAGCGCGAACGUGAACGCGAGUGAUUUUACGCGAGGUCCAACAGCACUUGGACUCACGUCCAUCGCUAAUUGCACGCUUUUGUGUACAGUCGACCGACAGUGCGCUUUCCUUUCGGUCUCGUUAGGCCGACAAAUUGCCGAAACAAACGCACACGUCGUCCGUCAGUCUACAAGCACUCCUUUUUUCUUUAUUUGCAUAAGUAAAUUAACGAUCGUUAUUUGGUACUCAUUAACGGUGAAAUUAUUCGCCGCUCGCAUGGGGCUGCGUAUCGAAUUGCUAAUACGACGAAGGAAUGCGUUCCAAAUAGCAUGUGAGAAAGGAUACCGCAUCCAUCGCCUCCUGUAUACAAUUUCUUUUUUCACUUAUUCACUUAAUUGUGAUUUAUAUCGCACAGCAUUUCAGUGUCUCGUGUGACAGCGUAAACGCCUGCGUGGAUUCAUAUCGUCUUAUUCAUUCUCUGAAAGUCUCAUUCGCCCCACCAGGCGCCUCCGUCUCUCUGAACCAUUUCUUCCGCGUCUUUCAUUAAGAAAGUAAUAUAAUUAACGUACUGUUCACAUAAAUAUAUUUAAAGCCGCGAGCCUCUAAAAACUUUGCGGCGUAAGCGUGGAAACUCGUUCUUAGUCCGCAAGAUUAUAAACGGUUUAUUGUAGCGGCAGAACGCUACAGCAGAAGCGCGAGUACGAGACGUUUCCAAACAGCAGACAUCUUUUAUCGUGUCGUUUAUUGCACGCUCCCCCGCAACAAAUCUACAUGUAAUUGGGAGAGAUUUGUUGCCUACUAUUAACACGUUACGGCUUUCAAGCUUAUCGAUUAUAUUAAAAUUCAUCGAUUAAAGCUUCAUCGCAAUGUUAUACGUAUAGUUAUCCCGUCGUAACGAUAAGUAUUUCCAUACCGCAUUUUGAUUUCCGUUAUGCCAAGAUAAGUGAGAUUAGAUACGCAUCUACCGUACACAUCCAGCAAUGUGAGACACAUUCUAACGAGGCAUAACGCCUAAUAUCUGACGCCCGGAGCGUGCAGCGUCCGCGAGCAGUCCGGUACGGCCUUGCAAAUGCAACCAGAUAACGGCUCGUAUGGUCGGUUUGUACCGAAUGACCCAAUUUCACCAGUGUCGUAUGGCAUACGUGCGAUAACUGUUGCAGCACAAGACCGCGGACAAGAUCGAGCACGCGAAAGGAAAAUACGUAGGUAGGCGGGCAGAUAAGCGGUCAGCUCGCCAUGGACCAAUGCGCGAACAUCUGAGAGGACGAACAAAUCGACACGUGCCUCACCCACUAUCCCCCUUGUCCACCACCUCAUCCCUGUCCUCUCGACACAGCUCUCUCGAUUUGCUGGAGCGACAGUCGAGUUACUUAAAUGGAAAAGAAUAUCGAGGAUAAAAGUCCCGACGAACGCGAAUGCCUUUUGAUGAAUUCCCGCUAAAGCAGAGUUUCGACCUCGUACUCAUCAAAGGAGCACGGGUGAAAGGAAGGAUGCUAUAAUUGAGGAAUAUCUCGUAUACAUUCCAUGCAACGGAAGCUACACGAUUCUCUAAUCCAUCACGCUACGAUUGCAUUAGAUUGCAACAUUCUGGUUGCAACGAGACUACCAUCUCCGGGCAGCGAGUGCUACUGAACUUGACACGCGGCAAUUACCUCGAUCACGUUUUCACAUUUGGUAGGCGCUGGGAUAAAAUGUAUGUAUAUUUUCCGUGUUAUUAAAUCCGCAUUAGCAAAACAUAUACUUUAUUUACUUGUACAGCGACACGAAAAGUAUCACGUGUAUAUAGAAAAGAAAAAUUAGAAGAGAAACUGUAGACAAAAACUCGGUAACGGAAGAAAGGGAAGAUCACGAGCUUGUUUUCCGUCCGCAAUGGGACAACGAACGCUACGUAUGUAACCGAAGUACCACAUAUAUUCAGUUACAGAAAAAUCUAAUUACCGUUGCGAAAGUGAGAGCUCUACUCUGUUAAAGCUGUUCGGAAAUAAACGCUAUUUCAGACAGUAGAUACAUAAUGGAAGAUACGUUGCGUUCUAUAUUAUCGCAUCCGCACCGCGUAAUCUCCGCAAACCGCAAAGAUAUACGAUCUACGAUCCUUUCUCCCAUUUGAUGAUAUCGUAGAAAAGCAAAAGUAAUAAUUUUUUAAGAGAGAGAGAAAAAGAGGAAGGGAAAAUGUGAAGAAAAGUAUUAUAUAACUGAGAAGGUUUCCAUUAAACGCAAAAGUGAAAAUAACCGUGAAAAAUUAUUUCUCUUUGAAAACGCUUCUUUUUGCCAAGGAGUUGAAUUCACAAGAGUACUGCAAUUAUGUAAUUAUGUCACAUUUCGCGUUAACUAACAUAAUUUCUAUGUUAUUUACAGGUUCUAAGUGAUACCGAGAACUUUGUUGGCUGCUGCGGUAUUACUUCUUAGAGAAGAAUACUGUGCUGCACGUAGCAGUGAAAAUACAUUAGCGGAAGCAGCUUUUUUCUCAUUAACAUCAGUGUUAAGAAUGCGGGCAAUCAAGUGUUGCGUUUGGUUCGUGCUGCUGAUGACGGCGUCGGCCGUGCCGGCGUCAUCGAAGGGACGUCCCGACGAUUCAGUCAAGGGAAAGAAAACCACGCCGAUCACGCCCAGCGGAGGCAAGAAUGCUUCGGUAAUUACCGCGACCACGGCAUCGAGACCGAUCGCGAAUGGAGCAACGAUCCCGUACACGAAGAACGCCACGCUGCACUUAUCGUCGCCUUCCUCGACAACGAUUACACCGACGACAGCCACGGUAACAGCUGCGGAAACGGCAGCCGUUACAUCCGCCACGACGAUGCUGAAGGUACCGACCAUCUCGGCAACAAGCGCGACAACGACGACGACACCGCCGUUGGCAUCGUCCACGGUGACUCUCGCAGCGAACGCGACCUCCGGUGACCCGCAGGACGCCACAGGUUCCACCUUCACCGAGACAUCCCCGAGGAUAAUCUCACCUACCCAACACACUUUGCUGUCGGCCACGGUGUUGUCCUCGAGGAAGUCUGCGGCUGCGGCCUCCGCCGCCGCAGUCACCGAUGUCACGACCACUGCGCCUUUGACAUCGGCCAAGGAGACCCGAGAGUCGCCCGGAAAGAUUAGACCGCAAAUCAAACUGACGACAAAUUACACCAGCACCAGCGAGACCGGGGUACGACUGCCGGAGGGAGCAAGUGCAGCGCUCGCGAAACCAACCAAGUAUCACUACUAUCCGCACAACCAACACAUCUACUUGCUACCGGAAUGCGCCGUUCAACAAGUGUGCAAUGCCGUUUACGUCCGACUGAACUUCACGCAACCCCUAUGCGCCUGUCCCGGAAGAUAUCGGGAUCCUUGCAGCGCAUCCUUGGACAGCGACGAUCUGCACACAACCGAGCUAGUAACCGAUCCACGAACCAAGGCCUUGACCUUAGUGAAAACGUGCGAGCCGGUUGCCGAGAUGCGAGAAUGCAGAGCAUCGAGAGACUGGUCUUUGUUGGCAUUGCAGAAUGUGCGUACGGGAAAGUCCCAUUAUCUCGUAAUAUGUCGGUGUCCCGACACAAACAUACUCGAGGGGCCUAUGAGCCACGAUCAGCCAACUUAUGCCAGCGUCCCGGGUAUUCGAGUGUACGGAAUGAUGUGCGUGCAAGGAAAUAGAAGAGGUCGACCGCUGCGAUACGCGCGCAGUAUUUCAGGACACUUAGAGAACGAAGAGAAACCACGCUUCCCUUGGCACAAGGUGCGACAGUUGAUGGCGACGUCGUCUUUCUGGGAAUAGCUUUCGACACGAUAUCCCACCCCAUAUCUGCCAUCGACGAAAAUUUAAACAUUAAUUUAUAAUACUACUAUAUUUAUAAUUUCCUGAGACACUCUCUCAAAAAUCUCUCGCUCGGACUCUUCUUUUUUUUUAUAUUUUCAUCUUGUCACUUUUGCGUUUUCUUAACUCUCAAAUAGUCGUGCAAGAGUAAAAAGUCAAUUCAGACUUAUCAUAUAAAGUAAAUCAAACAAAAUUAAUAUUAACUAAAUAUCAUUUCAAUUUUAUUUAUAAUUUCCUUAGACGUUUGCUGACUUAUUUUUGAAAAAUGAUGACAAGUAUCGAUUUUUGAAAAUUUUGUUUUAGCGUAUGCGUAUACACAUGCAUACACAUACUCCAGCACGUCCAUAUGAGAGUUGAUAGUUGAAAUCAUUUAUGUGGCUUGUAUUAUCGUAUUUACUUAAUAUCGUAUCUACUUAAAUAUUCGUUGUAAGCGUAUUUAUUGUUCAUGGUUUCUAUAUUUGUAAUUUGAACUACUGAUUAAUUACACACGAUACUUUAAUAAAUAAUUAUGUGAAAAGAACGAACGGCUUCGCCGUUCCAUAACAACAUAAAGGAACUGAUUGUGCGUGAUUAAAAAAAAACAAAAGAAAAUAAGGAAUAUAUUGUACCUGAAUUUUCGCAACCCGUUAAA